UCCAAUCGUUCAACUCGUGGCUGCGUGACUCAAAAGUGCUUUGCCUGCGCCUGACCCAAGGGGAGGUGACUCAGUGAGCAGACCUGAAGUCUCAUGAGCUAUUUGAAGCGUCCUUUCUGCUCAUCGACUUUGAGGUUCUGCAACAAACUCACCAGGAUGGCUCAACCUCCCUGGGCCAUGCCCCCGGGCACCACCCACCAGCCGCAAUUGAAGAUCUACAACUCCUUGACCCGGUCCAAAGUCCCCUUUGUCCCUAUACAAGAAGGACACAUCUCGUGGUAUGCCUGCGGCCCGACGGUCUAUGACGACUCGCAUCUGGGCCACGCGCGCAAUUAUGUGACCACGGACAUCAUCCGACGCAUUCUGCGAGACUACUUCGGCUUCAAGAUUCGUUUUGUGAUGAACACCACCGAUAUCGAUGACAAGAUCAUUUUAAGAGCGAGGCAACGGCAUUUAUAUGACGAGUACAAGAAGAACCACAGGUACAUCGACGAGCAAGUCCGCCAGGACGCCCGGCAGGCCUGGCACUACUACAUCCAGAAGAACCUCAAACGCAUAGGAUCCAAGGAACUGGUCAUACCCGAGACGUUCGACGGAUUCAUCGAACACCUGUAUGGAGAUGUCCUGGCGGGAGGGAGCCUGGAGCCCGGAACAAAGCCCGGCGACAAGGAGGCGAAGAUCAAGAUGCACAUCAACACCGCCCGCAACGCGGCGAAAGCUCUGAUGCAGGAUCCCAAACUCCUCACCCCGCAUGAAUUCUACAACCGUGUGAGCGAUCCCAUGUGCCUGGUCUUGGACGAGCAGUUUGGGAAAACGAUCCGCGGGGACGACUAUGCUGUUUUCACGAAACUGACGAAAGAAUACGAGGCUCGGUUCUUCCAGGACAUGCAUGAUCUCAACGUGAUGGAUCCGGACGACCUGGUGCGAGUCACCGAGCACGGUAAAGAGAUUGCCGAGUUUGUCAAGAAGAUCGUCGACAACAAAAUGGGUUACAGGACGUCAGAGGGUUCGGUUUAUUUCGACAUAAAAGCAUUUGAGGCCGCCGGGUACCCUUAUGCCAGGUUAGAGCCAUGGAACAAGAACGACAAGGAAUUGCAGGCAGACGGAGAAGGAGCUCUGUCACAGAAAGACGCAACUGUCAAGAGGUCGGAGGCCGACUUUGCCCUUUGGAAAGCAUCAAAGCCCGGUGAACCAAGCUGGGAGAGUGAAUGGGGACCUGGUCGGCCUGGAUGGCACAUUGAAUGCUCAGCGAUGGCGUCCGGGAAACUCGGUAAGCAGAUGGACAUCCACUCUGGCGGAAUUGAUCUCGCUUUCCCUCACCAUGACAAUGAGCUUGCUCAGAGCGAAGCAUUCUGGGCAAACCAUGGGCAGUGGGUGAACUACUUCCUUCAUAUGGGUCACCUGUCCAUACAAGGAUCAAAAAUGUCGAAGUCGCUGAAAAACUUUACCACCAUCCGAGAAGCUCUCCACGUCAGAAAAGACUGGACUUCCAGGAGUUUGCGGAUCGUUUUCCUGCUUGGAAGCUGGAGAGACGGGAUUGAGAUCACGGACGACAUGGUGAUCGAAGGCAGAAACUGGGAGGAUCGUGUGGAUAACUUCUUUCUCAACGCCAUUGACGCGAUAAAGGACACAAAACCAUCGGACGACCAGCGAGCCGGCCUAGAAGAUGCCGUGCAGGAUGCAGAAGAGAAGGUCCGAACUGCACUACUCGACUCCUUCAACACCCCGGUCGCCAUGAACACGAUCUCACAGCUCAUUAACACAUACAACAACAGCGCCAAAAAUUCCGAACUAACGCCCGCAGAUCACCGCCGGGUCGGGCUCUUCGUCACGCGCCUAGUCAACAUCUUCGGUCUGAAUGGCUCUGAGCCAGCAGACACCGAUCAGGUCGGUUGGAAAGGUAUCGAGAUCCCCGACGCCGCAAAAGAGUUUGUCUACCCGCUGGCCAAAAUUCGAGACGAACUGCGACAAGCCGCCAUUGCCAAAACCAUCACGGCCGACAAAGUCCAGGAAAUCGUUUCCACAUCCCCCACGGGACUCGAGGAUUCGCCUUCCGUUGGAAGACCUCGGCCUUCGUAUGCCCGUGCACUGAGCGAGUUCAGCAGAGACGCCCUUCAAACAGCUUCUUCGCCCCCUACCACGGAAUCCUCGCUUGAUCUCAACAAACAAAUCCUCGCACUCUGCGACCGAGUGCGAGACAUCGACCUCUGGCAACUCGACAUAUUCCUCGAAGACCGAGAAAACGCGCCCGCGCUUGUUCGCCCCGUCACUGAAGGCCUCAAGGCUGCCCGGCGCGAAAAGGAAGACAAGGCCCGCCAAAAGGAAGAAGCCAAAAGACAGCGCGAAAGAGAGGCGCAGGAAAAGCUCCAGAAGGCCAAGGUCAGUCCGACCGAGAUGUUCAGACCACCGCAUUCGCUGGAUUAUUCAGCAUGGGACGGGGACGGCGUGCCGACAGCGGCCAAGGACGGGGCGCCUCUGACUGCAAGCAGGGUGAAGAGGCUGAAGAAGGAAUGGGAAGCACAGAGGAAGGUGCAUGAGAAGUACCUGGCCACGGUGCCGCUGCCGAACGGUUCGGGUUCACCGUCUGCUGCUCGCUAGGAGUCAGUUCGCAGUCUGUGGAACCGGCCUCUAAGCGACUUUGAGUAGGAGAUAUCCCCUCGCGGGCUCUUUUUCCGAUGUAGGAUUGUAUUAGAUACCCAGCUGCGAGAGACCCCUCAUCCAUCGAUCGCGGCACACGUGUGACGGCGAGGAACAGAGCGGCGGGAAUGGAAAGAACACAGCCCUGAAAAAUCACCACUGGAAAACUCUGA